AUGUAUUCGGUGAAGUCGGGUUACAGGUUGGCGGUUGAAAUUCAGAAUCGGGACGCUGCCUCUUCCUCAAACCCUUAUGGCCAUUUGUGGAGUUGGAUUUGGGCCCUAGAUGUCAUACCCAAAGUUAAAAUGUUCAUGUGGAAAUGCCUUGCAAAUGCUCUCCCAACGGCUCAGGCUUUGAGACGUAAGAAUGUGAAUGUAGAUGUUUUGUGUAGAAGAUGUGGUGUGGCUGAGGAGUCAAUGGAACACGCCUUGAGGGAUUGCAGCUGGGUGCGUGUCUUGUGGGCAGUCUCUCCUAUCCGGAUACAGCCUUUGGGUCCUGAGGAAGUGUGUUCCAUCCCUGCCUGGUUCGAGAAGAUUCGUAGCUUACCAUAUAGGGAGGUUCACGGUCUUUUUGCUUCUCUAGCGUGGGCGACAUGGUUUACACGGAACAUGCUCUUGUUCCAACAGAAAGAGUUUUCACAUAUAGAGUGCCUAACGUUUGCCAAUAGAGCUCUAUGGCAGAAUCCGAGUAGUACUCAAAUCCAGAAUCAAGGAGCUACCAGACGGUUCUGUUGUGGGGAUGAAGAGAUAAAAAUCAAUUCGGAUACUGCUAUCAAAGUGGGGAUGAAGAUUGGGAUUGGUAGUGUUCUUACAAAUAGGGAGGGAACUAUCCUUGGUUGCAGAUUUGGAUCGAAAUGCGGAGCUUUUACGGUGGUUGAAGGGGAAACUCUUGCUAUGGUCGAAGGGUUGAAGCUUUGCAGAGAUCGCGGUAUGCAAGAUAUCAUCGCCGAAACUGAUUGCCAGACACUUUAUUGGCUGCUUGUUAGGAAUGAAGCUGACAUGUCCUACUUGGGAGAUACGUUAAUACAGAUACAUUCUAUGAAGAGAUUGUUUCGCAGUCUUGUCUUUAGCUGGACGCCACGCGAAGGGAACUCCAUAGCCGAUAGACUUGCUAAUUUUGCUCUUUUGUCUUCCUCGCCUUUUGUUUCUUUUGGUGUUUUGCCUUAUGAUGUGAACAUUUCGUUUUCCUCUUAA